AUGGGGAUUGCAUCAAAUCUGGAGAUCACUUUGGCUGCAGACAUCAUUAUCUACCAGGACUUCAUCAGCCACGAUGAGAUAUUCUCCAACAACUACAAAAUCCAGAUCAUGGACAGGCUAUGCCUGGAAGUGGAGGUCAGUAGGACAGAGGGUAACACUGAUGACUGGUUCAUUGGUGGAAAUGCCUCUGAUGAAGGCCCCAAAGGUGAAGGUACCAAAAGGACAUUAACCACUGGUGUUGAUGUUGUCAUGAACCAUCACUUGCAGGAAACCAGAUUCACGAAAGAAGCAUAUAAAAAGUACAUAAAAGAUUACAUGAAGUCAAUCAAUGGCAAACUUGAAGAACAGAGGCCAGAAAGACUAACAACUUUUAUGAGAGGGACUGCAAAACAAAUCAAGCACACCCUUGCUAAUUUCAAAAACUACCAGUUCUUUAUUGGUGAAAACAUGAAUCUAGAUGGCAUGGUUGCUCUGUUGGACUAUUGUGAGAAUGGUGUGACCUCAUACCUGAUUUUUUUAAAUGAUGGUUUAGAAAUGGAA